AUGGGAAGCCCAGCACCAGAGGAAGUGUCUGCUCGAUUCGAGGAGCUUGCGGCUCUCGAGCACGAAUUCGAGGAUGCUGAGUUGGAGACCAUUCGCAAAUCCGAGGCCCUUCAUACCCCCCUCUACAAGAAGCGCGCCGACCUUGUCGCAAAGAUCCCGCACUUCUGGGCGCUAGUCUUUGAGCAAGCGCCUCCCGAAAUUGACAACUUUAUCCAGCCCACAGACUCCAAGCUAUUUGUAGAAUACCUAGACACGUUUGAAGUCGAGCGCUUCGAGCUCAACAACCCCAAUGGCUCCCCGCGCAGCUUCUCGCUCAAGUUCAGCUUCAAGGAAAACGAAUACUUUGAGGAUAAAGUGCUGGAGAAGAAGUUUUGGUAUCGCAAGACCAAAGACUGGCAGGGCCUUGUGUCUGAGCCAGUCAAAAUCCACUGGAAGAAGGGCAAGGACCUUAGUGGCGGUUUGACUGACGCGGCAUACAAGCUGGGCCAGAUGCGGGCCAAGCUGGGUGCUGAUACCGCCAACGGCGCAGCAAUGAAAGAGGAGGCCAAGUCGGCUGAAUACAAGAAGCUUGCCCAGAACAUUGAGACGGCCACCGACGCCUCUGUGAGCUUCUUUGGUAUCUUCUCCUUCGUUUCGGGCUACCGAUGGGUUAGCGCUCAAGAAUCCGCACAGGUUACAAAGGAAGAGAGGGAGAGAUUCGAGAAGAUCAGAAGAGGAGAAAAGGUCGAGGAUGACGACGAUGAUGAUGAAGAAGAAACACAGGACUACCAGGAAAUUGAGGUCUUCCCAGGUGGUGACGAGAUUGCUACCAUUCUUGCUGAAGACAUGUGGCCCAACGCCAUCAAGUACUACAAGGCCACAUUUGACGAGGAUGAAGAUGAUGAAGAGCUAUCCGAUUUCGAUGUCAUGGGCGACAGCGACGACGAUGACGAUAAUGAAGAGCCUGUUGACAUUCGCGCCCUGGUAGGCAAGGGCCGAAAGUCAGCACAGGAACCCCCCUCGAAGAAGCAGCGCAAGGCCUAAGCCUUGUUCGGACGACUGCUAUAAUGACCGUCUGUUAUCGAAAUGCUAGACAUAUACCCAACGAGCCCUGCACCAUUUCAGUCACAUUUUACGACCAUAUCGAGCGAUGAAGAGGAUGCGCC